AUGGCUUGGGCGCUAGUGGCAGGAGAAGGGGGAGGGGGGGAGACAGAGAGAGAAGGGGAAUGCCUGCGUUUGCAACAAAUUUUAUGUAGGCCGGAUUCAUCUUCGGCCAGAGUUUCGUCCCUGCGUGAUUUGUGGCCCAUUAGAGAAAAAGACAUGCAGAUGUUCGUUAUUGGCUCAGGAAGUUUUGGUAUGGUAUAUUCUGCAAAGCUUUAUGACUCUAAUGAAGAUGUUGCAAUUAAGAAAGUUUAUCAAGAUAAACGAUUCAAGAAGUUUUUCCAGAACAGGGAACUUCAAAUAAUGAGACGGCUUGAGCAUCCGAACAUUGUCAGAUUGAUGUAUUAUUACUUCGCUGCGGAAAAUGCAGGGAACGAGGAGUAUCUCUACCUUGUGCUAGAGUUUUUCCCAAAGACUCUUCAUCAACUAUACAUGUUUCAACUGUUCCGAGGACUCUCCUUCAUGAGCAGUUUGAACAUAUGCCAUCGUGACAUCAAGCCGCAUAAUCUGUUGGUGAAUCCAGAAAGAGGCACAUUACGGAUAUGUGAUUUCGGUUCCGCUAAAAUAACCCGAGGUGCAAAUAAAAUCAAUUACCUGGAUCGUAAAGGAAUAAAUUAG